UCUCGCCUCAGUUUGAUUUUCGCUUACGACGCGGCCGAACACGGAUGAGUUGUGGAUAGUUGGGCGGAUUCGCAGUGACACGCUCCGAUGGGCAGUUCGCAGUUUUCCGAGAUGAUGACGCAGUGCGUCUUCCUCGUUGUCGUAUCGCUGAUUUUGUCACACGUGCGGGCAGCUGGCGAUGAGGCGAUUUCUUCCGCCUACGAAUCCGAAUCGCUACCUUCUGCUUGCGUCAUUCGGGCCACGCUCUAUAUAACAUCUUCAUCGAAAAGGAGUAGUGAGGAUUUUGGACUGCCUUUGGAUAUAGAUUGCAGUGGAAACAAUACCCUGGAAUUGAGUUCCUUCGAUAUGGGCGCCCAACGAGUGGCCGGAAAGAGGCAUGUUCUCCUCGAUGGCUCACAAACCCCUCCCUUGGGCAUCUCUAGUUAUGGCCUAGAGUAUCUGGAUAAUUGUGUGGAUCUCGAGAGUCUGGAGAUCCAACGAUUUGUGGGUGAUUCCACCCUAAAAUUAAGUUGUGGUGGAGCUUUAAUUCCCAAUCUGACAACAGUAUUCCUAGAAAACAAUGAAUUGGGCUCGUUAAGUGAAGAUACCUUUCAGGACUUGCCACAUCUGAAGAUACUCAAACUGCAGAAGAACUCUUUAAGAUACCUGGAACACCUCAAGGGCUGCACUGAACUGGAAGAGCUACUCAUGCAAGACGAAAACGAUCUGGUCCUAAAAUAUAACGACUUCAUUCUGCAAAUGCCAGAGUUGAGAAAACUAAGCUUGAAAAAUAUUAAAAAACUAGAGUCCUCAUUCUUAAAUGUCUUACCAGAAAAUUUGACGGAUCUAAUAGUCGAAGAUACGCCCAUCCAACCGGGAGAUUUAUUUCUGAAUAAAGGUAUAGCCAAACUGGUUAAUGUCACCCUCACAAAUUGCCAGCUGCGAAACUUUGCUCUGAAUCCUCCGCACAAUCUGGACAUUAUUUAUCUGAACCUAAGUGGCAAUGCUUUGGUGUCUUUGAAUAUAAGUUUUCUUGACGGACCAAGUACCCUUGAGAUCUUGGAUCUAAGCAGAAACAAGUUGGAGCACUUGAACAUCACGUGGUUCUACAGGACCACCAGUCUGCGGACUCUUCACCUGCAGGAGAACCACUUCCAUUCGCUUUCGCUCUUCCAUUUGGGCAUGGUUUCCCCAGGCACAAUUCAUCUCAUUGAUUUGAGAUCCAAUGAACUGAUGAGCUUCAGGGAUACAAAUAGGGCAAAUGAUCCCUACUGGAAUCCAUACCUACGAAUUGCAAUCGAUGGUAAUCCCUGGAGCUGCCAGUGGCUGCAGAACUUCUAUCACACAGAGCCGCAAUUAUUUCGGCUCUUCCAGUACUCCAAGUAUAUAUCCCAUAUCAAUGUCAACGGAUUGAGCUGCAAGCCUCAAGAGCCGCCUACGGAAGAACCGCCCAAGGCGAGGAGAAUUAUGCAUGUAAGGAUCAACGGUUCGGAUGAGGACACUCCGAUUCCCGUGUCCCAUCCCCCCGGUAAUGUUUCCAGUUUUACUGUUCUCUACGGAAACCCGGUGGAACUGCACCGAAGUCAGCGAUCUUUGGCGCUGAUAAUCGUAUUUAUGUUGCCCCUGGGAAUCGCCUUUCUCUUCCUGUUGCUAUAUCUUUACCUUCAUUGCGAACGACUCUUUCAUCUUUCGUACUACGCCUCGGGAUUGCCCUGUUUUGGUGGCGAAAAAUCCUCCAGUGGUCCCAGAUUCGUGGAUCACGUGGAUAUAGUGCGCUAUCCCAUUGCAAAUGGCAGUGGUUCUCCAGUGGAUUUUGAAACGGAUCUGCCCGAUGGUUACGAGACUCCAGUGAGUGGAGGCGCCUCGAUUUGCAAUUGCACGGGUCACAGGGAAUCCACCUGCUCGAGGACCCAUCACGUCACCUACGAAUCUCUGCCAGCUGAGCUGCCUUAUCAACUUUACGCGGAGAUCAAGGAGCAGGCGGAUGAGACUGGAGACGCCGAUGAGAUCCUGGCAGGCACUCCAGUCCCCACGGCUCCCAUCUACGAUCAUCUGUCGUUUGUUGAGGAGCUGCCGAAACUGGACGAACUGAGAGAUAUAUCAUAGAUAUUCUUUACACUACAUUCGAACUUCUAUAUCAACAAAAAAGAAAUUAAUACAUAUAUUGUGGGUGUUGCUAAAUUGAAUUGUUAAAAAUGCAACAGGAAAAUUUAACAACAGUUUUGGAAAUGCCUUUAGUAUAUUUAUAUAUGAACUUGUAAAAAUUAUCUUAUCAACAGAAGUUUCGGCUCUAAAAACAUUACUAAUGUAA